UAUCGGGCGUGUCUCUCCCUCUCGCUGUCUCUGUGUACGUAUUUCUUCGGUCCCUUUGUAAGGUAGUCAGAAUGUUAGAGCGGGCUGCGCAUGGUGCAAAUUGUGGCAGUUGAAAUACUUGUGGUCGGUCGGGCGCAGCAGCAGCAGCAGCACUUGUAUUCGUAUUCCAAUAUAUAUCUAUAUCUGGGCAACUAGCAUAGAACGAACGUUUUGGGACAGACACACACAAGCUCAGCUCAGUCACUGGCACAGGCACUGGGAGCGCUUCAGUUGUGUGAGGAGGUAUGCAAAUAAACGGUCUUGCUGCCGGACCAACCAUGGCCGCAUCAGAGCCACCAGAGCCGCCGCCACGCAAUCCGGAUCGCAUAAAUGCCUCUCUGCACAAGCUGGGCGAAUCCAAAAUUGUCAAGUCGCUGGACUCGAGUGUGGGCGCGCUCAAAGAGAAGUCCGUCAACAACAACAAGCCUGUGAAGCCAGUGCUCUCCCUGGACAACAACACCAGCAGCCAACAGCUCGGGGCCUCCUCGACCUCGUCGGCAGCAGCAGCAGCAGCGCCCACAUUAAAGCAGCCGAGCCUGCUGGCAAGCAAACGGGACCUAACGCCCAACGCCUCCGCCUCCGACAGCAGCUCCCCGGCUAGCUCGAAUGGGAGCAAUCAGACGCUCACGCCACCCAUGACCAUCGACAACCAGAAUCGCUUGGCCGCCAAGGGCGACACAUUGGGACAAGCACAAGCACAAGCGCAGGCGAUUGGUCAACCGCAGUCGCAAUUAGUGAAUGGCAGCAGCGCCAACUCCAUCAGCAGCAGCAUAUCCACGGCAGCCAUGAUCCAUGCGAAUAACUCAAAUUUGAUUGCCGCAGGUCACUUGGCGCAGGUCAACCCAACCAGCAGCCAGCUCAACGCCGUCGACAAGAGAAAUGCGAAUGAUGUUUGCUCGAUUGCAAAAUUAAUGGAACCGGAGCUGGCAGCGGUCGGCGCAGCCUCAUUACCUACUACAACUACUACGAAAGCGAAGACAAUGAAAGUUAAAUCCGCAGUGGCCAUGCCCAUGCCCAUGCCCAAGCCAGUGGCAUCCCCCACAGCGCAUUCCCCAACAUCCGCUGCAUCCGCCGCGCUGCUGAUGCUAGAGGCGACCACGACCAACAGCGCUCAUGAUGGCAAUCGCAAUGACGAGUCAAAGUUCACAUUUCGCUCAGAGGCGGCUAUGAAGCUACGCGAGGAGAACGAACGAUUGAAUGCGGAGCUGCUGCGUCUGCGUCGGCUGCUCGAGCACUCGACGGACGGUGCUGUGGGCGGCGCUGAUCCCGGUGCCGACUUGGCAGCUGCACAGCCUCAUGAGGGCCACAGCAUGGCGGCGUCGCAGGAGCGCGUGGAACGACUGGAAACCGAGCUGCGCAGCGUCAAGAAUCAGCUGCUCACUAUGCGGCUGGAGCGCAAGAAGCUGCGCACAGACAAAUCGGAUUUAUUGGGACAGGUGAAGCAGUUGUGCGCCUCGCUGCAGGAGAAGGAGCAGGAGCUGCGCGACUUUAUACGCAACUACCAGGAGCGUGUGCGCGAGACUGAGUCAACAAAUGCCAAGAUCUCGGGGGACCGCGACCGGGAACGCUUCCAGCUGCUGAAGCAGGCACGGGACGAGGCUGAGCGCUCGCUGGCCCUGGCUCAGCAGCUGUCGGCGAGGGAUCUGCAGCUGCAGCGCCUGCAGGAGCAGCUGCAGGAGGCGCGUCGUCAGCUAACGGGCUGCCUCUCCGAUCAGGAGAGUCUCCAUUCAUUUGCACCGCUAACGCCGCCAUCGGCCGCCUCCGGCAUGCUCAGCCAGUUGGCUGGCGGAUCUGGUCUGGCUGGCAAUCUAAGCGGCCUGCGCACAACCGAGGACAGCGGACGCGGCAACUCCAACUCAUUGUCAGCCUUUAGCGGCAGCCUGAGCGGUGGCUCCGGCGCCACAGUCGGCGAUCGCAACUCCUGCUCGAACGACUCGGGCCUACGCAACAGCAGCGAUCGAGAGAGCACCGGCGGCGAGCUCAACUUCAGCGACGGCACUUGCGACAACGGACCCUGCAUCACCGUCGAUCCCGACAGCAUUUCUCUAGUCUCCAGCCAAAACAUGUACCAAUUUGGCACACCCAAGGAACGCAGCCCAACACUCUCGCCUCUGAACUCUGGCGCCUAUUCCAGAUCUGUGGAGCAGCUCUCGCCGGAUGCUGAGGGACCGGGAGGCGCUGGUGCCAUAACCCGAAAGUUCGGCAACAAAAGCGGACCACUGGGCGCACGUAACGGACGUGGUGGCACCUGGGGCAGCAUUUCACGCGUGUUCGCACGCUCUCGCAAUAAGAGCAAGGCAAUGUCCGCUGAUGGGGUGACCGAAUACAGCGACUACUCGUGGAACCCGCUGUCCGAGGAGGGCUAUGCCGAGAAGCUGCGACUGCUGCGAGAAGCCUCCCAGCUGCCCAUAGAGCGCUGGCGGGCCACUCAAGUGCUCGCAUGGCUGGAGGUGGCUCUGGGCAUGCCCCAAUACAGCUCACGCUGUGCGGAGAACGUAAAAAGCGGCAAGGUGCUGCUCGAGCUGAACGACGUGGAGCUGGAGGCAGGCUUGGGUCUGGCGCACCCCAUGCACCGUAAAAAGUUGCGACUGGCCAUCGAGGAGCAGCGGCGCCCGGAACUGGUGCGCUAUCCGCUGAUCACACAGCUGGGCCACACCUGGGUGGCCUCCGAAUGGCUGCCGGACAUUGGACUGCCCCAAUACGCUGAGCCCUUCCUGCAGUCCCUGGUUGAUGCGCGCAUGCUGGACACGCUCUCGAAGAAGGAGCUGGAAAAGUUUCUGGGUGUGACGCGAAAAUUCCAUCAGGCCAGCAUAGUACAUGGCAUUCACGUGCUGCGUAUUGUUAAAUACGACCGCCAAACGCUGGCCAUGCGGCGAGUGCAGUCGGAGACUGUGGACACCGAUCCCAUUGUGUGGACUAACCAGCGCUUCAUACGCUGGGUGCGUUCCAUCGACCUGGGCGAGUAUGCGGAGAAUCUGAAGGACAGCGGCGUUCACGGGGGUCUGGUGGUGUUGGAGCCAUCGUUUUCGGGCGAUACCAUGGCUACGGCUCUGGGCAUCCCGCCGUCGAAGAACAUAAUACGACGCCAUCUAAACACGGAAUUCGAUGCGCUCAUCCUGCCCGCAAGAUACAUAAUUUACUGUCAAAUGGAAGAAUUUCAAAUGGAAAACUCCCGGCAAUUGGCCAAAUUGCAGGGCCAUUAAAUCAAAAAUACCAAAUCUAAUUGAAAAUUGAAAAUUGAAAAUCAAAAAUCACAAUCACAAUCACAAAAACCAAUGCUCGUAAUCGCGGUGUGUAUUUGUAAUCAAUUGUAACUCGAUGGGAUUCAACUCGAUUCAAUAUUUAAUUGUAUUUAGCUAAGCUGAUUGGUAUUUCUAGAAAGAGAACAAUAAUUGGAGCACAGCGCUAAUCAAAUCAACAUAAUUAACUCAACUUACUCUUAGUCUAGCUAAACAAUUACCAACAAAACAAAAAAAAAACAAAAUCAAAAAGAUACUCGUAGGGCAACUUAAUCAGAAAAACCCACCCUGAUGAUAACCCAGACCUAAUCAAAAAGAGAAAAACUGAAAUAAGUAAAAACGAAGUAAAAUCGAGUGAAAUACUAUAGCUAAUAAAUAAAUAGCACAUAUCGAACAAAUCUGAGGAGCUUUGCACUAUCUAUCGAUAUGUCCAUAUUAUAUAUGUAUAUUAUACAAACGAGUCUCCAGAAUCGAUGUAUGCUUUGCAGCUAACUUAAGAUCGCAUUUACCACAUACACAUACUAUAUAUGAAUAUAUGAAUAUAUGGAUAUAUACGUAUUACACAACUGAACUUUUUGCAUUUAAGCCAAUAGAGAGAAAUAGUAUUUGAUUGGAUUUACAGAUCACGCACAGAUCCUUAGAAAUAUGUUUAGGUUUAGUGGGCCAGCGUAUACUUGGGUAGAGACUUUUUAAGUAGUAGCAAAUGCGAUUUGUUUAUAGUUUUAUAUAUAUACAUAUAUGUGUAUUCAACAGACAUUUGGAUGUGCGACAAAAUAAAACUCUAUAUGUUAGACAUAUAUACAUAGAUAUAACUAACGAUAUCAUCGUGAAAGCACACUCAAACACACACACACACUUACAACUGGCUUUGUAACUGAUGUGGACAGCCGUCCACUGUGAUACAGAACACAUGAAACUGGAAUACAUUGUACUCACAUACAUACAUACAUGCCUAUCUAUAUAUAUAUAGAUAUAUAUACAUAUUCAAAUUGAAUUAUCUGCGAAUAGGUAUACGAAAAACUCAAUUCCGAA